CCUCAGCCUUCAUUUCUUAGAGAUCUUAAAGCCUCAGAUACGCACACUACAAGAUGUUAAAGCAAUUAUCACCAUCUAGUUUCAUUACUCUGCUACUUGUAGUAGCAAACAUCAUGAUAUUUGUGUCAGCAGUUGACCCUGCCUCGGUUGGCGGAGAAGAACCCAUUGAGUUUUAUAUGCAUGACAUACUUGGAGGCAGUAACCCAACGGCAAGGCCAAUCACAGGCUUGCUAGGAAACAUCUACAAUGGUCAGGUACCCUUUGCCAGGUCGAUAGGAUUCCUUCCCCCAGAAGACGGGGUUGCCAUCCCCAAUGCUAAUGGUGCCAUUCCGACAGUUAAUGGUGUCAACGGCAUCCCACUGGGAACUGGCUUGGCUGGGACAAAUUUUGCUGGAAUACAGAAUCAGCAGAACCAAAAUGGCAACAUUCAGACCCAACUAGGAGCAGAUGGCUUGGGACUAGGUUUCGGAACAAUUACCGUCAUAGAUGACAUACUAACCUCUAGUCCUGAGUUGGGGACACAGCGACUAGGGAAAGCUCAAGGAGUUUAUCUGGCAAGCUCUGCAGAUGGGACAACACAGAUGAUGGCAUUUACAGCUAUGAUUGAAGAAGGGGAGUACGGUGACAGCCUCAACUUCUAUGGUGUAUACAAGAUUGGAGGUACCAUGUCUUAUUUGUCAGUAACUGGUGGUACCGGAAAGUUCAAGAAUGCUCGUGGGCUUGCUGAGGUGCGACCUCUCAUACCACCUGGUCAACAUGUCAUAGAUGGUGCGGAAGCAUUGCUGAGAUUCACUGUCCAUCUCAAAUACUGAAAAUGUAAAAGAACUUAAGAUUACAUGUGCAUCUGUUGGUGUGAAGAUGAAUGUGAGCAUGGUUUUUUACAUUUUCAUUCUGUCAAUAUGGCUAUUAUGAGUCAGUGUAUGUUAUAAUUUUAGCAAUCUGUCUGUUUCUAUGAUCUCUUACAUAUGCAGAAAUGUGAUCAUGUCAUUGAGAACAGAGUCAUCAUCCUACUUGAU